AUGGAUGGAAAACGGACCUUGGGAAUGUUGUCAAUUGCCGAGAAAUACGAUAUCACUCAAAUGAUUGAAAGAGGUGAGACUCGUGAAACCAUAGCAGAACAGUACAAUAUUUCAUAUAGAACUCUGAACGCAAUAAAAAAUAGCCGUGCAAAGAUACAAAAAGAAUUCCAGGACAGAUUAGCGCAUCCUGGCACUUCCAAAUUACCUUCUGCAAAAACUAAAGCUACACAGAAAUUCGAAACAGUUCUUUACCAGUGGUACUUACGAUAUAGAGAUAAAAACAUAACAGUAACGAAUGAGAUAUUAGGGAGUAAAGCUCGGGAAUUGAGUACAAAAUUUCGCGGUACUGCUAAUUUUCAAGGCGGUCCGUCUUGGGUGACAAAUUUUAAAAAACGUUACCGUUUACGUGCAGAGGAUAUGCCUGAAGAUUUAGAAAUAGGAAAUGAAGAUGAAGCGAAUAAGUGCAAACCACAAAUUAAAAAUCUUCUGCAAAGCGGAGAAUACACAUUGGAUAACGUUUACAAUGUCGAUUGCUUAGGAAUACUGUGGACAGAACUACCACAAAACACUGCACUGUAUAACGCAUCACAAAAGAUGCCUAACCCGCACGGAGAAAAAGUUACGAUACUUCUUGGUGCAAAUGCUACCGGAAGUCAUCAGUUGCCAGUACUAGUAGUCGGAACAAAAAAGUAUCCUCCAUGUUUAAAAUCCUUCAGAAUUCUGACAAGUAUCUACAGAGCUAGUGCCCUGCCUAUCAUAGACAGUAACCUUUUCGAUGAAUGGUUCGAUAUAUGUUUCUUAAAAUCAGUUAGAGAAAGACAACAGGAAAAAGGGCGCAGAAUGAAAACGCUGCUGUUGCUAGAUAACGUUUUCCCUCAUCACGAAACCGGAAUAGUAAGUACAAAAGAUGAAUUAGUUAAAAUCAUGUAUCUUUCAUGUGACGCUGCAUCGCUCAUACAACCAAUGGAUCAUGGAAUAAUCGAAUGUUUCAAGCGAAAGUGCCAAAUCCAAUUGCUGAAAACAUUAGUUCCAUGUACUGAACCCUCUACAAACCGUCUUGGGUGA